UGGAUUUGUUGAGGUCUCAGGACACUCCCAAAAUAUUGCUAUUACAAAACAAAAGGGAUCCCAUGCCACUCAGCUGCCCUUUAUAAAGCUGCUGCAAAAACUGUAGGGAGCCUAUCUGAGGAUUCACUCCAAAGGAGAGGGAGACACAGGCGAAGGGAGGAACAGAUUAACGGAUCGAGUUUCAGGUCCUGCUGCAGCCACUAAGAAAGAAGAGCCAUGUGCCAGGUCACUCGCUGCAGCUUCCUGAGGUUCAUCCUGCUGGCCGCGUGUGGCUGGAAGGCAGCUACUGCUUUUCCCAACGCCUCGCCACUGCUCAACCAGAACUGGGGGAACAUGGACCGACUCCUGCACCUGUACACGUCCACAGCAAGAAACAGCUUCCACCUGCAAAUCAACUCCAAUGGCCAUGUGGAUGGAACUCCUCACCAAACCAUUUACAGUGCCCUGAUGAUCAAAUCUGAAGGUGCAGGCUAUGUGGUGAUAAAUGGUGUAAAAACUGGGCGCUUCCUCUGCAUGGAUAUUAAUGGCGAUAUCUUUGGAUCGCACUUCUUCAAUUAUGAUGACUGCACUUUCAGACAUUGGACCCUGGAAAAUGGCUAUGAUGUCUACCAGUCUCCCAAGUACAAUUAUCUUGUCAGCCUAGGAAAAGCUAAGCAACCUCUAUUCCCCAGUAUGAAUCCACCACCGUACUCCCAAUUCUUGGCCAGAAGGAACGAAAUUCCUUUAGUCCAAUUCAACACACCAAAACCUAGCAGACAUACGAGAAAUGCGAGCGCUGAUCCCUGUGGCAGUAUCAUAUCAGCCGGAAACAUCUCUGACAACCCAAAGGCACAAUCAUCCACAUAUCAUGGUGUAGCCGAUUCCAAUGCCGAAAAUGGAGAUCCCAACGGUGCAACAUUCAGCAGAUGGUUUUCAAGCCCUAGGACUGAUAUCAAAACCUGAACCAAUUUUUAACAGU